CUCUCCUUUCCACCUCCCCGUGUGCUGAACUUUGUCACGCACAUGCUGUAGAAAUGCACAAUGCUUUUGAGAUCAGUGCAGCUUUCCACUGAGAAAGCGCUAACUUUCACACUCUCAGUGGAGGGCUGCACUGAUCUUACAAACAUUGUGCAUUCCUUCAGCCCGGAUGACCUCAGUCACGGUCGUGAGAGAUGGCUAAGGGGACAGAAAUCAGCACACAGGGAGGGCAAGCCCACAGUUACGAAAAGCAACAAGGUGUUUUAUCAAGGCGAGAAUGCAUAAAGCACAGCAGCUUGGAGUCCAGAUCCAGGCACCCGUGUCAUGAUCUCGUAACUCGUAUCGACAUCUUCGUAUGCCUUGCAAUGCCCGUUCAAGUAAGUGAUACUCGCUGUCCUAAUAAGAUGUCAGAAGUCGUGGAAGGAAGUCAAGACUCAGGAAGUUCUUUCCUCGCGAAUCCCAGCAAAGCGCGUUCGAGCUGUUCACCGUUUUUAAGCAUACUUAACGUGAAGGAUUCGGCUGCGCCGUGGCCACAAACAUCGAUGGAAGUACCUUCUACCUCCCCGUGUGCUAAAGUUCUUCACCGACGCUGCUGUAGAACUGCACGAUGGUUUUCCGAAGGAGAGCUAGGUUCAAAGAGAUGGCCUCCGAACGUCGCUCUCUGUGAAUGACGUGCUGCUGCUCAAUAUUAUCGUGCAUUUUGAUGGGUGGAUCAAUGCCAGCGGUGAGAGUCGGGGAGGUAGUCCGCCGGCCUUCGACAACAUCCCGUCUUGUGACCACGGACGAAGCCGAACUUGAUGU